AUGAAUUUGAGCGCUGCAGUUGGUGGUGCUUUAAUGGACAAACCAUAUGAUGAAGCCUAUGAACUCAUCGAGAGCAUGGCUCAAAAUCAUUUCCAAUGGGGAGGUGAACGUGUUACUGUAGAAAAACCAACUCCGAAAGGCGGAAUGUACGAAGUUAAUGGUAUAGACCGUGUCAAUGCUAAAGUGGAUGCACUUACUCAAAAGAUCGAAAGCUUAGCCAUAACACCAGCAGCUACCGUAACUGCUGUAACACCAAACUAUGAAUUGUGUGGAACCCCUGAGCAUACUAAUGUUGAUUGUCAGUUAUUGGCUGGUAUUCCUACCGGCAAAGUAAAUUACGCUCAAGGAAACCCAUAUUCCAACACCUACAACCCUGGAUGGCGAAAUCAUCCGAACUUUUCUUAA